AUGGGCACCCCCUCGUACCGGCUCGCGGCGGCGGUCAGGGCCCCCUCCACGGGCGAGUUCCUCGUCGUCCGGCAGCUGCCCCCGCCGUCCCCGCCAUCCACCGCGCCAGGGGAGGAGGAGUACCGGCGGUACGUCGACAGCGACCUCUACGACCUCCCGUCCGCACCCCUGCGGCGCCUAGCGGCGGCUGAGGAGCCGGCCCAGUCGGGCGUGACCGUCGGCGGCGCGGAGGAUGGCCGCCUCGACCUCUCGCGCUUUGACAUCCCCGCCGCUCUCGACCAGAUUCUGAACCAAUUGGGCUUGACGAGUGCAAUGUGCGGGGAGUGGCGGCUCCUGAAGUACGCUGAGGAACCGGAAUUCGGCCCGGACGCAGGUGUCAACACGGUGCUCAUCGCUGGGUCUCUGGAGUCGAAACCGGAGGUGUUGCAAGAUUCCUGUAAGUGGAUGUCCAAAGAGGGAGCCUGGGAACUGCUGUCUGGAGUGAAGCCCGGCGGUACUCGAAUCGGGCCGUAUGUGUACAUUGGGUUCCCAAAGUCAGAGCUGUCCUCAAAUUGCAUCGCUGCCUCUGCAUUGGCUUCCCAGGAAUACCCUCCUGGAUUGACGCUUGUACCGAUGAAGAGUAGGACCUUGUCGCCUUUCCGUACGACUAAUCUCGUGGUAGUACAAGCAAACGGUGGUGCAUGUGGAUCGAAGCGUUCUGAUUUUUUUGCUUGUGGUGAUGCUCUACUGAUAGAUCCUGGAUGUUGCUCUCAGGUUCAUACAGAGCUUGCAGAUCUUGUCAAUUCCCUUCCAAAGAAGUUAGUGGUGCUUGUUACACACCAUCAUAACGAUCAUAUCGAUGGUCUUUCGGUUGUUCAGAGAUGCAAUCCUGAUGCUGUUCUUUUGACACACCAAAACACUAUGAAGCGAAUAGGGAAAGGGAAUUGGUCAAGUGGCUAUACUGCAGUGACUGGAGGUGAAAACAUAUGUAUAGGUGACCAAGAACUACAAGUUGUUUUUGCUCCUGGUCAUACAGAUGGUCAUAUGGGUGUUCUCCAUGUCAAUACUAAUGCACUAAUUGUUGGAGAUCAUUGUGUAGGGCAUGGAAGUGCAACAUUGGACAGUAGAGCUGGUGGCAACAUGAAGGACUAUUUCCAAACCACAUACAAAUUCUUGGAUAUGUCCCCACACGUGUUAGUUCCAAUGCAUGGAAGAGUCAACCUAUGGCCUAAGCAUAUGCUUUGUGGAUACCUCAGGAAUCGAAGGGCUAGAGAAGCCUCUAUGCUGCAAUCCAUAGAGAAUGGGGCUCAAACUCUGUUUGACAUAGUUUCAAGGACUUAUUGUGAUGUAGACAGGAAAUUAUGGAUUCCUGCUUCCUUUAAUGUCCGCCUUCAUGUUGAACAUUUGAACUCUCAACAUAAACUUCCUAAGUACUUCUCAAUGGAGAAGUUUCAGUCGAGCUACGGAAUACAUUUCUUUUGCCGGUGGGCGGUGGCGUAUGCGCUAUCCAGGACCUCGCCAGCCAUCCUUGCGGGGAGUGCCCUCGCCGGUGGUUUGGUGGUUGCUUAUGCUCUCGGGAGGAACACCGGUAACCAGCCCCAGGAUUCUGCAAGGCGGUAAUCCCUGUCCCACACACGUAUCUGUCCUCAAUUCGUGUUGCUUGCUUACCGAGUCAAAUUGUAAACUCCUAUAAUUAUCCAAACUGCAUUGGUGAACUUUACUCCAUCUGUACACAAGAGAAGGUCAUGUUCUACGUUGUGUUCUUUCUAAGUUAUACUACUUUUGACCAAGAUGCCACUUGCAUAUGGGUCGAAUACAGAAUCUUUUUCGUGAA